CAUAGAGGGGAAGAACAGUAGUUAUAAGUGGUGAAGAUUAAGUUUUCGUACUCGUUUUUUUUAGUUUAAACUGAGACUGAGAUAUUUCGUUGUAACUGACUAAAGAGGUCUGGCUGUAAUCCAUGCACAGCUAUAGGUGCUGGUAAACACAGGAGUAGCUUAUUCCAUGGGCUACUUUAAACGGAGAAACAAGGUUUACGGCACACUUUUUUGACUCUUUCAAAAACUUUGAAAGUUAAAACUUAAACUUUGACUAUUCAGAGCGAACAACUCGUUUUAGUCAUCAGGUUCGCUCAGACAUUCUUAUUGAUUUUUUUUUGUAGACUUGGAGGUUUUGAGCUCAGAGCUUCUGUAGACUCAGUGGAGUAAUUUGGUUCUGUUUGACAUAAGUGGGUAACUGUGGAGUUAUUUGGUUCUGUUUGACAUAAGUGGGUAACAGCGUCGUGAUGGCUCGGAGGUUAGUAGGUCUGGCGCUGCUUGGUUACCUCCUCGUGAUGGGACAUCUGUGUCUGUCUGCCCAUGCGCAAGACAGAGUGGACCCGCCACACCGACAGCAGCUUUCCCACGCGCCCCCUAAUAAUCCGGCGGGACCUGCUGUGUCCGCCACCUCGAGACCAGGCGGCAGCAGUCGGUACCCGUUGGCCAACCAAAACCAAAACGUCUCCGUUCCCCGCCGACCCGGCCCCGGCGCGAGGCUCCCGCCGCCUCCCAUGUGCACGGGCCCCACGGAGAUCCGGGACACCUUCAAGUACAUCAACACCGUGGUCUCGUGCCUGGUGUUCGCCGUGGGGCUCGUGGGCAAUUCCACGCUGCUCCGAAUCAUCUACAAGAACAAGUGCAUGCGCAACGGGCCCAACAUUCUCAUCGCGAGCCUCGCCCUCGGAGACCUGCUGCACAUUGUCAUAGACAUCCCCAUCAAUGUAUACAAGCUCCUGGCGGAAGACUGGCCGUUCGGGGUGGGUGUGUGUAAGCUGGUGCCGUUCAUCCAGAAGGCCUCCGUCGGAAUCACGGUCCUCAGUCUGUGUGCUCUCAGCAUCGACAGGUAUCGUGCGGUGGCGUCGUGGAGUCGUAUAAAGGGGAUCGGCGUCCCCAAGUGCACGGCUAUCGAGAUCGUGCUGAUCUGGAUCCUCUCCAUCCUAUUGGCUGUUCCGGAGGCCGUCGCCUUCGACAUGAUCACCAUGGACUACAAGGGCGAACACCUGAGGAUCUGCCUACUGCACCCCAUGCAGAAAACACACUUCAUGAAGCUGUAUAAGUCUGCUAAAGACUGGUGGCUGUUCUCCUUCUACUUCUGCAUGCCGCUGGCCUGCACCGCGCUCUUCUACACGCUCAUGACCUGCGAGAUGCUGAGAACCAAGAACGGCAUGCGGAUAGCACUCAACGACCACCUGAAACAGAGGCGUGAGGUUGCUAAGACGGUCUUCUGCCUGGUCCUGGUCUUCGCUCUGUGUUGGCUGCCGCUUCACCUCAGCAGAAUCCUCAAACUCACCAUCUACAAUGAAGACGACCCCAACCGCUGCGAACUGCUCAGGUAA